GAAUGGAUUCCCAGGGUGAGAUUAGGCUCUGAGAGGUCUCUGCCAGGGGGAAAAAAAAAAGAUAGGUUAGGAGCUUGCAUAUCUUUGGAGGGGGGCAGAAUGGGGAAGAAUUUGGCAUAUAACAGAUGAAGAAGUGUUGCCAACAAGACUCAGUUUGAUUCAUCUUCACAAUUCCUGUUUGGUGAUCACUGGCCCCUUGGGGUCAUACUACUGCCCACUGUAGGCCUCUUCUCCUUUGGAGACCACUGCUCUAAUAGAAAAAUACUUUUGUUGAGUUGUUCUGAAUGCCCUCCAAUACGUCAUGGGUACUUUUAAACAGUAAAAACAAAGCACCAAGAAAUAAAUCCUAUAGUAAGUGUAAGAACCUUUUAAAAUCUGACUCUCCAAACUGGGAUGGACUUAAUCUAUAUCUUACUGUGGAUGCCAAAGUGGAAUUGGUAUUGGCAAAAGACUCUAGCAGAUGAAAGAUGUGAUCUAUAAACAAUGAACAAAAAUGGAAGAAUGAGACAACAAAGGCUUCAUUACCCAGAAUGCUCUCAGAUAGAGAUUCCUUUAUAUAGCUAGAAUGUGAUUCCAGAUCAUAUUAGGAGGCAGCCAGCAACCCAGAAUAAGGAUAAUGGAUGUUCAAGUGACUGCUGACACUUCCUCCAAGAUAUGUAAUAUUAGAGAGCGGAUGAAGGAGAAAAGACGUGGAUCAUUGAAGACUGCAAAACAGAAUGCUUCUCUUGCAUCCAAAAUAAAAAAUAAAAUAAUAAACAACUCUUCUAUCAUUAAGGUGUCUUUGAAACAAAACAACAGAGCCUUGGCCCUUGCCCUAAGUUCUGAGAAGAUGCUCAGUCAGAAGCUUAUAGAAGACAGGAAGCUUCUGAUGAAAGAAAUAGAGAAUAAAAUCCUCAUAGAAUUGGAAGCAUAUACAAGUGCCAAAUUCCAGUGUGCAAUUAGAGAGAGUGAUCCUUUUACGAUUUCAGAGGAAAUCAGUGCAGAAAAUUGGAUCACUGAUGAUAAUGCAGACAAGCACAGGAACAGUUCACCAAGUAGGGCAACCAUGUUAUCGCUGAAGGAUCUUAUCAUUAAUGUGGAAAAUAGCAAACAGCCAGAUGAUGGCCUCAAAGAUCUCUUCCUUCAACAGACAAAAAGUCCCAAAAUGCAAUAUCACUUGGGGCUGGAGGAACCUUUGAAUUCAGAUAGAGAAAGUAAGCAGGUGAAUGCCAUCAGUAUCUUGGAAUCUGAAUUGGCUGAUGCUUUAUCUGUGGCACAGGAUGGCAAGAUUGGGGAACCAUACUAUGAAGACAAGUCACCAUUCUUGGCAAAUAUCACCCAAAGGAAGAAAUGGUCUUCUUCCCCUUAUAUAAACUGUCAGAUCAGAGCUGAGAAUUUUGAAACAGACGUGUGCUCGAAUCGUUUUUCCCGGUGGACCACUGGCCCUGGAAGUCCUGUAAGAGAAAUGAAUGGACAAGAAACUUGCACCUUGUCCUGGCUUUUUAAUCCCCACUGUGAUUCCAAGAGUGCUAUCUCUCUACCUGAGGAUACAAUACUUUCUGGACAGCUACCAGAGGAAGUAAUGGGUCUUCAGAAUAGUACCCAAUCUCCACAUUCGCAAUGGAGUAAUGAGCAGGAUAGACCAGUCACAACCUCGAUAAAAGGUCAAAACAAAAUUACCAGUGGUGCUGAGAAAGAUGUUGCUUCAUUUCUGGAAAGUGAGACGUGUAUAUUUACAGAACAAGAGACCCAAGACACAGUUGGAAUCCAACUUAUGAAAAAUUCAGACAAUAAUAGCCAAAAAGAGACCCUGAGUUUUACAACACUGGAUCCAGUGGCCCAGACAUCAAGUAAAUCAGCACUGAUUCCAUCCAUGUUCCCCAAAGAGGUGGACUUUUUGGAGGAAAACCCACUCCCCACUAGAAGCAGACCUCCUGAGGAUCAGCUUUACCAUGCGAAUGACAGCAUGAGAAGACAAAGCAGGCAAACUUAUCUUUACAGUGAGGUGUGUUCAAAUAAACAAGAAAAGACAGCAACCCCUCCCUCUGAAAAGAGAAAGAAAACUUCUUCAGAAAAACAGAUCGAAGAAGAUAUCCAGAGCCCAAAUUCAAGUCAUAAGCCAACUUGUAAGUCUCCAUGUGGAAGAUCUGACAUGCAGCGAUUAUCUCAAAAGAAUAAGGCCACUGACAAGCAGAUGUUCUCAAAUGAGCUAAAUAAGGAAACAAAACAGAUAAGAAACCGGAUGUCUACUGAUUUACACACUACUCUUAGCGAAGUAAAUGACUACGGAGCCAAAAGCAUGAAUGAAUCCGAAAAGAUAGUGAUAACUAUGGACCAGCAGAUCCCAAGUACAAAUACAACCCUCAGUGGGGAAAUACUGCAGAAAAUCACUGUUAGGCCUUUGAAGCAGAAAAUAAGCAGAAAGACUUAUGACAUUAAAGACCACAGAGAGGAAAAUAUGAUUCCACUGGAAUGCAACUCGAAGACUGAUUCUCAGGAAUCCCAGGAACCUCAGCACCAAAUUAAAGGAAGCUGGGGGAAAAAUGGGAAGGAAGGCUCAUGGAAUAGUCAAAUGGAAGCUUCUACCUCAGAUAAUAAAGAAGCAAGCCUAGGGGAUUCACUGAGUAAAAAGAAGCAAGGUCUGAAAAGCCAUAUAGGAAAUUCAUCAGUUCCUAUACUGGCUUCCCACUCUGUGGAGUCAAGCUUAAAUAACAUGUAUCAUGUCUCUGUUGAGAUUAUGAAGAAUAUCCCAAAUAGUGUGAAUAAAAUCCAGGCACCAUCAACUGUUCUGGGUAAUGCAACCAGACAUAUGUCACAAUCAAUGACCAAAACAAAGCAAGAGAAUGUUCUUUUAGCCAAAGACCAAUCCGAUUUUGGAAGGAGAGGUGUUUCUGGGACUGUUUCAGGAGAGCAUGAACCCUCAGAAGUUGGCCAAGUGAUGCAGAGUGAACUUCAUAAUAGCCUUUCAAAAACAGAGAGAAACUUCUGCCAGAGGGCCACCAAAAAAAUGGUCCUGAAUAGUCCUAGGUCUUUGGAAAAUUCUUAUGUGACCUUAUCCCCAGAGCAGCCUGUCAGGACUUGCCCUUCUCUAGAAGCCUUCCAAAUUCUGGAACCCAAUGUGGUCAGUGCCAGGGUUUCUGCUGGACUAGAAAUCACCAAAGGGAGGGACUCCCCUUCUGACCCAAAAGAUCAUUGGAGUGUGGCAGUUGUUCCUAGAGGCUCUUCUCUGAGUAAAAAAACCCCAAGGAAAGACGGAUUCUGGAGUGAUUCUAGAACCAUGUUGAGGCGUUCAUCGAGAAAGAAAGAAAAUCUUAUUAGCUACCGAGAGCCGCGGCUCAAUUGCAAAUUGAGGCGUGGAGACCCAUUCACAGAUGCGCUGUUUCUACAUUCUCCAGUAAACAAAAGAAAGAAAAUAAUGAAACAAAAGGAAAAGACAUGAAAUAGAGGAAGAGCUACAAGUGUCACAAAAUUUAAGAAUUUAAAAGACUUUAAAUUUAUUUUAAAAGUCAUUUGACAUUAUAGAUCUUGAGCCAGUGGUAUUUUGAGUUUGAUUAUUUCUUCACUUUGUACUUUUAAACAAUAUAAUAAAACCAAAGUUUAAAGUAAA